AUGAGAAAUUAAAUGCUAUUGUUUCAUUAUUAAAUCCAAAAUAUGAAACCUUCGUGUAAUUUCAGUUACUAUUUUAAAUAAUAUUUGCUAAGGUUGUUUUCCAUCAUUUAAGAAACAGUGCUAAGGUUAGGCUUUUUGUGUCCCAGGGUGAUGCAGAAAACCUGUGAAUUAGCCUUAGUGAAUCUAGUGAAGCCAAGUUAUCUCAUUGAUAAGGCUGGCACCAUCUUAGCCUGGACAUGUAGUGCAUGUGAACAUGUUUAAGCACAGUGGUAUGCUUUGCGGUUGUAGCAAACAUGUCUGUUCCUGAGUAGGAAAGAACAGUGCAGAAAAUCAGAACCUAUUACCAGAACAAGCUGAAUGCUCUGAAGAGGGUCUUGGAUAUCUACCAGGAGAAGGUGGAGAGGAGAAGUGCACUUUGGGAGGAGAAGAUCAAGAGUCUGCAGAGUGUGAACGAGAGACUGCAGGAUGAGCAGAAGGCUUUGCAGGACAGAAACAGACAUGACUCGGCAACCUGGGAGAGAGAGAAAGUAACACCAUGUUAAACAGCACACACCAGUGACCUUUAACCUCUGACCCUGCUUCUGGAGAGCUCUUCCUGAAAAAUUUCUGUAACCAUCCUAAUCUAACCUAGAUUGAGUUUAGAAGUUUCUGAAGAUAUUGUGAGGGUUCAAACUAAACAGUUGCAUGCACAAAUUAAUACUACUGAAGUGCAGAUAUUACAUUUGCAUAUAAGGGCAUUUGUUACACCACGGCGAACUUGCGGCCACCGAGACGGCGUGGACUACAUUUCCCAGCCACGCCUGCGCUCAAGUUUGCCGGAAUAUUGAGUGCCAACACCUGUGCGAAGUAACGCUUAGCUUUCCCUAGACGCUAGCUAGUUACCAAGCUCCCUACUACGCUUCGGACUUACAUGGUUAAGGACUCUAGCCUCGUUUUCUACUUACGAUUCUCAGAUCUUGUCUUGGAUUAUCCCUUUCGCUUCGGACUUAGUGCUUGGCACUUCACGCCUCCCUUGCCUUCCUGCCACUGCUCGGCCCGUGCUUGCCUCCCAUCUGAACAAGAUGAUGGAGCUCUUCUCUUCGCGUUUAGAUCAGCUCCACAACCACCAGGCAUCUACACUCCAGGAGCUGCAGAUGGCCAGGAUGGAGAUGGGACGUGUGCAGGAGAUGCUGCAGACCUCAACGGAAACCAAUGAGCCUGAAGCAAAGGAAACAGAAAGUACUGACUCAGAUGCACCUUUAGAUGGAGCCAAAGCCCGUCUGGAGGUGCUGAGAGAGAGUUUGUAUAAACGAGAGCGUGAGAUCUCAAUGCUGAUCGAUGGAGGAGGAUUUCAGAAUGGUGUGGCACCAUCAGCAUACACUCGUCUGCUUGCUGCUGUAGUCCGCCAGGCUCAUCUCAUCUAUGCAGAGGUAACAGAGGCAAAGCAGCAGUUUGACCAGAUGGCAGAGGACAACCGCAAAGCUGUUGCUGAGGCUAGAAAUAGACUGACAUCCUUCCAGGACAACCAACCAGAUAUGGAAAGCAUAGAUCUGAGACCUCUGAAGAAGGACCAAUCAGAAAUCAGUCUGGGUGAUCAGGUAACUCAAGCUGAGGUUAACCUGCAGAAGCAUGAAGUCUUACUAGUAGCCCUGGAGUGCAUCAAAGCAGGGGUUACACCCACCACCACUGACUCUGUCAGUGAGGAUGAACUGACAGCGUUGGAUGAGAGUGUGAAAAGCUUUGAGGAAAGGUUCAAAAACAGUGAUGUCCUAAACUUAGAGGUUGGGAAGAGUGUGGGCCAGCAGCUGCUAUUCCUGCAAGCUGAGCUGAAACAGGCCAAAGAAGAGAACAAGAAAAUGAUUGAGCACUACACGGCAGAGCGGACCCUAAGAAAGAAGUACUACAACAUGGUGGAGGACAUGAAAGGCAUAGUUUUUGAUACACAUAUCACAUAAACAUCAGAAUAUUGUAAGGUCCGGGUGUUCUGCCGUAUAAGGCCUCAGACACGGGCAGAGCUGGUGAGGGGCAGCAGCACCAUUGUGUCAUGUUUGGAUGAUUACUCAGUGAUUCUGGAAACUCCACGAGGACCUCGAGAGUUUCAAUUUGACAAGAUCUUCACCACAGAGCACACACAGAGUGAUGUGUUUGAGGAGUCCAGCAGGUAACCAACUGCAGUCCUGUUUCAGGAAUGUAGGAAAGUGAUGAUUUAAAAGGAUAUUCUGUAUUCUAAGGUUGUAUGCCCUCUCCAAAGGCUAAUUCAAUCUGCAAUCGAUGGCUUCAAUGUAUGCAUCUUUGCAUAUGGACAGACUGGCUCAGGAAAAACAUUUACUAUGUUGGGGGAUAGAGAGCAGAAAAAUCCUGGAAUCAUCCCUAGGACUUUCACUAGGAUCUUUGAAAUCAUCCAAGAGAACGAGACAAAAUUUGAGUUCAAGGUGACCUGUAGUCUGACUUGCAAAAAUUGUUCCACAACAUCUUCAAAUUCAUUUUUACAAAUCUUUUUUUCUAUACUUAACCAGAUAAAUUUUAUUUUACUCCUUUUCAUGUCUUAUAACAAAAAAGGCACUGGGAUAAAAACAGUUUAAAUAAGACAAACAGACAAACCAAGAGCAAGAGCAAAAUGUUGAGUAGAAAGAAACAGAAACAUAGAACACCAUAAUCAAGUGACUGAACCUAAAUAAGACAAUUACCAGAAAGUGUGAGAGACAAAUAAUGAUCUAAGCACUAAGAAAUACUAAUAAGACUAUAAUUGAUAUAGACACAUAUCAUAUAGAAUCCCAUUAACACAGACUAGCAAUCAAUCUAGGACAAAACUGGUGCAGGUUGACCAGGGUGCAGGUGAAGACACUAAUAAGGGAAUAAUAUAAGCUGCCUGUCCUGGCAUCCCCAGCCUCAUCUCCAAGAGGAAAUGAGCAACCAAGCAGGCAAGCUUGAGGUUGGGUGGUGGCAGUGGGUC